UUCUUCUAUAUAUAUAAUGUACGUAUAAAUUUACUCAUAUCAAAUGAGUAGGGAGAGGAAGAGGAAGAGGAGGAGGAGGAGGAGGAGGGGAAGAGCAGAGAGGAGCAGGGAAGUCACGCAGCGACAGGCCUUCUGAUUCCCCGCAGUCUGGGCCCGGGCGUCAGAUUGGAGAGGAUACGUGUGUCGCUCCUCCCUCAGUGACUGCCAAGGGAUGGAGCUGCUCGUGUGUCAGCCUCGGGGCGCCCCUUUCCUACUGCUGGGUUUGGCGCUGCUCUGUGGUCAAGUCAGGAGCGAGUGUGAGCGACGAAUUCCUAACUGCGUGGGAGAGAACUGUGUGGAGAAAGUGGAGUGUCUGAAUGGACGCUGCGGAGUUGACGGUGCGUGUGAGUGCCUUCCCUGCUACUCCGGGCCGACCUGCGCCGCAUACGAUGACAAGUAUGGCCCAAGAUUCGCUAUACGACUAGACACAGUCAUCGUUAACUCGAAGCAUGAAGGUGUGGUGUACAAGGCUAGCGCAGAGGACGAGGACCUUGGCUUGACGUGCCCGCUGGGUCCCGGACAACACACCCGCUGCCCCUGCGCCCGCUAUCACCUACAGCCUCCUCGUGCCCCCCGACACCCUCAACCACCCACUCUUCACUAUCCACGAGUCGUCCGGGCAGGUGUUUCUCCGGGAAGGCUCGCGGCUGACUCCAGGAAGCAGUCACCAGUUGGAAAUCAUUGCCUCAAGCACCAAGAACAGCCUCCUGUACGACUACCAGACACUGACCAUUCUAGUGCACCGCGAAGACCACUUGGACGAACUUCUACAUGA